AUGCCCUCAGCUCUCCCGACUCAGCUCGUGCGACCCACGCAUCCCAUCAUCUCCAAAAUGCCGUCGAAUGCGACAUCAGGUGCCGGCGACAGCGCCCAGCUGCCCUCCUUCUACUCCCCCCGAACAGCGGCCGCCGAUACUCCCCAGAGCCGUGAUGGCCAGCCCAUCGACGAGCUUUCGCUGCCACCCAGUCAUGCCAGCGCCUCAUCGGCCUCGCUGCCGCCCCCGCCAUCGCUGCUAUCGCCGGCCUUUACUCCCCCGGCCACACCGGGAAACCAGACUCCAACAACCGCCGGACUGCGAGGAAUACCCGUCGACAGCUCGAUUCCAUCCGGCGGAUGCGGCAGCAAGAAGCCCCGGUUGCUAGAGACGCUGCCCGAGGUCAAUUGCGUUGUCCGGGCCCGCAUCCCCACCGUCAACGGAACCGAGAUGUUCCUCCACCUUUACACCAACAACGUCGACAACAAGGAGCAUUUGGCCAUUGUUUUUGGCAAUGAUAUCCGGAGCAAGUCGCUGGAUGAGCCCCGCGAGGGCGAGACCGAAAUGGACCGCAUGAUUCGAGGCGCCUACACAGGCCGGCUGUUCCCAGGCCGGACAACGAGUGGCAUGGGCACUCCUUCAUCCGAGUCCCAGCAGGAGCAGAACCAGCCCCAGAACCCGCCGUUGGUGCGGAUACACUCAGAGUGCUAUACUGGAGAGACUGCGUGGUCGGCGCGAUGCGACUGCGGCGAGCAGCUUGACGAGGCCGCUCGACUAAUGGCUUUACCCGGAAACAAGGCUGGCGGCAUCAUCAUAUAUCUGCGACAAGAGGGCCGUGGUAUUGGGCUUGGUGAAAAGCUAAAGGCUUAUAACCUGCAAGAUCUCGGAUCAGAUACAGUUGAGGCGAAUCUGCUACUGCGACACCCAGCCGAUGCGCGAAGCUACGGCUUAGCCACUGCCAUGCUCAUGGAUCUCGGCCAGACAAACGUGCGCUUGUUGACCAACAACCCUGACAAGGUUCGCGCUGUUGAGGGGCCAAACCGAGAGGUUGUCGUUAAGGAGCGAGUGGCCAUGGUGCCCUUGUCAUGGAAAGGAAAGGGUGGCUUCAGAAGCCAGGAAGUGGAAGGCUAUUUGAAGACAAAGAUCUACCUGACCAGCUGCGAUCUCGCCAACCCAGCAUCUCGUGUCUCGUGUUUCUGCCUGCGCUGCAAACAUUCACGCUUCUCGAUUCACGCUCCUCAAUCCGCGAUCCUCGACUCCCUCUCGGCUCAGAGGCAACCAACUGGCCAUGCAGCUGCACCUGUCGAGUCGCUGAAGAUGCAAGCUCAGGACAUCCGCCUGCGGCUGGUGAUCCGUCGCCACGGACUGCCCGAGAUCAAGCUCCUCUGGCCGUGCUCCUGCGCCGAAGACGUCACCAUCGCCAAAGUCUUGGAACAGGUCAACGAGGUCGUUCCCCUCGAGAGCGGCGAAUGGGGCCUCGAAGACUACGCCGUGGAGCUGGAGGAUGGCAAAGGCGGUAGCUUCGAGUGUCUUCACUUCCAGCAAGUUGGCCGCAUUUUGAAGGACGAAGAUCAGGUCAUUAUUCGAUCUCUCCUCACCGGCGAUUUGAAGCGACGGCGACUCAGCGGACGACACCAGAUCUCUGACGAUGGGAGACACUUGAUAGACGGCCUCGCCUUUGGCAGAUCUUGGUUAAGAACUCCUCGCGACCGCCCUCACAUCGACUUGCCGCCGCGAAAACGUGUUCGCUUCAGCAACGAGGAUGAGGAUGAGCAUGAAGAGCAAGAGCAACUUCUGCUAGAUACUCUGCCUUCUUCUCGGUACGGAAUACCCAACAACGUGCGAAACAUAUUCGAUGACGACAGCGAUGAGGACGACGACGAGGACGAAGCGUACCAAGAGUAUCCUAAUUUGAACGAGCACUUGGAAGAUAGUGACGUGGACGACGAUGAUGAAGAGGAAGACGAUGACGAAGAUCUCGAAGAAGAACUGCGCUUCCUGAGGCAAGAUGACGCCCCCGUGUCCGGCGGCCGUCUGCCUCGUGAUCUUAGGAAUAUCGGACGGUGUCUUGAUCCGCUUGGAAAAGUAAAAUUAGAUACUGAUACCGUGAGUGAAGAUGGACAAGAUGGAGGAGACGAUUUCUCAAACAACGCAAUAGCUGCUCAUGGCUAUGCGGGCGUGCCCAUCGAUAUGCUUGUUGCCGUGUUUAGAUUGGCGUUUUCAGAGUUAUCAGACGAAGAUAUCAGAUUCGCCCUUGCUCGGACAAAUAAGGAUAUGAGAAAGACAUAUCUGUCGCUGACAAUACUUCAGAAUCCUUCUCAAGACUUUGAUCGGAUGAUGGAUGAUGCGUCUUUCAUUCUUGCUCAUGAAUCUCUUCAACAAGCCAAAGAGACCACCAGUGUCAUCAAUGGACUCGACGCCAACAGAUUGCGCAUUGAGAGUGGCGUGAAAAAAGGACCAUUGAAGCCGCUUAUUCAAGAAGUCGAAGACUCUGAAGAGAUUGAAGACUCGGAGUUUCUCAGAGAAUCUCAGUUGAAUGGUGGGGUCACAAUAUCUCUCCCGACGUCGAACCAGAACCAAGACUUAAGUAGCGACGAUACUUCCGAAUCAGACUUUGAAGAGUCGGAAUCAAACUCAGAAGAGGAUACAUCAUCUGAAGAAGAGAGUGAAUCAGGCUCUGAAGACGACUCUAGCGAUGCCUCUGGGAACAGCAGCUCCUCCGGCGAGAAAGAAGACCGAGGUCGUGCCAGCACUUUACCGACAGCAAACACGGCUCCUAAAAAAGCAAAUGAUGCCUCGUCAGAGGAAAGCUCGCCUAUUGUUGACAUGACCGGCAAAGCAACCUUACGUGCGGGGAACAGCAAGGGCCGCAGCCGCGAUGCUCGUGCUUCUGCAAGCUCUUCCAGCGAGAGCAGUAAUGACACAAGCGAUUCGGACUCGACAGAGGAGUCAGACUCUGAAUCAGAAUCAGAAUCCGAGUCGGGGUCGGAGUCAGAGUCAGAAUCCGAGUCUGAAGUAGAAGAAAUAUCGUCGAAAAGGCCAGUAAAGCCAGCACCUCCAACGCACAGAAUCCAGGACGUCACGGCUGCACCUGCCACUCAAGCUCAAGUAACUGAUACACCGCCAUCAGCUGGCCUGACGCGAACUCAAAAGCGAAAUGCCAGAAGGAAACGUAACAAGGUCUUUAAAGAAAGCGGCCUUGAGCAGUCUCGGUUAACAAAUGGCGACAAAGAUGGUGCCGCACAAGAUGACUUUUUGGCACGAAAAGAAGCUCUCUUAGCUGCGAUCCUCAACGAAUCUCCCAAAGACGGCGCAAAAAUCGGUGAGGCAGAGAUGGAAGAUGCUCCUCGGCUUAUUCAGGUGCUGGAAGACCAGCCACAUGCGACAGAGAUAAAGAUCAAUAAGGCGACUGAAGCGGAAACAUCGAAGCCGAAAGAUACGCCGAAAAAACGCUCAGCUCGCGUUGACGUGGGCGCAGGCCGCCGGCUUCUAUUUGGCGCUCUAGGCCUGAAAGCCCCAACAACCAAAGCCGACGAGCAGAAAAUCCGUGACAGCCUCAUGAAAGAUGUGAGACCCUUGGUCAAUCCACGCGCUCUGCAUAAUGGUGACGACGGCAAGGCCAGUGAAAACCCGGUGGGGGAUGAAGACCCUGAGGCUUGGAGAGAGAAAAUCAUCUACAAGGCUGUGGAAUGCUGCCACGAGGACAUGGUACUCAGUGAACCACCAUUCCCCUUUGUCCAACGCUGGGAUCCUCAGCAGAAAUAUCAGACUAUGCGAAAACGAAAGCGCGCGUCGGAGAACUACCAAGCCGAUACUUCGUACGACGACUCCGCCUUCUACUACAAUGCUCAUGAACCGGAACAAGACUACUACGAUGGAGAUGCCGGAGAAACAAGCAAAAAGAAGAAGAGAAAAUCUGCAAACCGACAGAAUGAUACUUUGGAUCAGGAUGAGCAAGACGUGACUCUCAACUACGACGAGCCGCCAGUGAAGAGCAGCCAGUUUACGGACCUGGAUGAUCUGCCAUCUUUGCCCCAAGAUAUCAAGGCGCUGCCGUUGCUAACACCUGAAUCAGCCCAGCCUGGGAUGGUCAUUACCUGGAAUCAGCUCCUCAUGUCGAAAGCUACGAAAUGGCAGCCAGAACUGUUACCGAUUACGGGUAUCAUCAUUCCUGGGGGUGAAGAUGGUAGCAUUCAUGUCAAGUUGGCUAGACGAGACCGCGAGAAUAACGAAAAGAUCUACGACGAGUUCACCGGAAAGCGAAUAUAUGACAAAUUCGAAGCUCCAGAUCUGGAUGAAGCGAGCGGUGAAGAUGGCGAGGAAGAAGAGGACGACGGCUUCAGGUCAUUGCAGUGGACGGAGAUGCUUGAGCCUCGCAUUCUGCAACAAGCUCCUGUGAACGGCAACGCGGAGGCGGCGGCUACAGAGGGCGAGAUGCCAUCAGGGCAUGACCAGGUAAGCGAACUCCAACCAGAGGUGGAUGCUUUAGAGGGCCAGCCCAGUACGGAUCAAGUGCGGGCAGCUGUUGAAAAUGAUUUGAUGCACGACUCUUUUGGCACAAUACAGUCUGGUCAACCAUUGCCAAGACUGGAUGCCUCCAUGUCCGAAGUGCAAAUUAGCACUGCUAGCAACAGCUUCGAAUUUGUUGGACAUUUGAACAGCAAUAAUAUCGCAAACCCACCAGGCGCUCAAUUAGGCCACGCGUUGACUGCUGCAGCCAAUCCCUCAAAUAGACACUCUGCAAAGUCGAAUUGUUUGGUAGAGCGAGAAGACGAAGCAGCUGCUGACCAAGAGGAAGAACUAGCACAUAGCCUAGCGAAUGCCGUGGCAGAAGGCACCUCGAACUCUCAUACGCCCAUACCGAAGAUGACAGAGCCGUCUGAAGAUCAAGGAGGGGAGGAAGAAGGAGAGCAAGCAGGAGGAGGAGAGGAAGGACAGCAGGGAGAAGAACAGACAGCUGGACAAAGUGGUAGCGCAAUCCAUUCCGACACAGUCAUCGCCGCAUCGCAGUUUGAUAUUCCUAGUGGGCGACAACCGCGGACGGCAUUUUCCUUGGAAGACGGUCUGCCUCACGGCACGUUGAUUCCCGAAACAUUGCUACAUCUACCCGAAAGCACAGCACAACCAAACGACUCGAAAUCGCAGGCGUCCAGUUCUAGCAGAAGCAGCCCGUUUCCGUCGCUUGAGGAGAUAUUCAUGUCUGCUCAGCCCACCCAAAACUCGGACAGGAAACUGAACAUCUCUUCAUUCUCUGCGAGCCAGGUCGCUGUCCCUACUCAGGAUAUGGAAUACGAAGAAGCUAUGCGCAAGCUUGAUGAGGGAAACGAGUCGGAUCACUCUCCCGAGCAGAAGCAAGAAGAACAAGAUACAGUGGACAGCAAAGUAUUUCCCAACGCAACGCAACCAUCGGUUCGCACGCGGGUUGCAAAUGAAGAGCUGCCGGCGCUAUCAACUUCUCUAUCUCAGCCGGCGAAGAAGAUGGAUGACCAAGCGCCGUUUGCUAUACCGGAUGGAAGCCAGGUCAUUGUUCUAAGCUCCAGCCCAUCCUCAAGCGCCGGCGUGCCAACAAAUGAGAGUAGGGAGCCGGAGGUUGAAAGACCCAGUCCUACAAAGGCAAAAAGAAAGCUGCCCACUGGUCCCGGGUGGGUUAAGAAAGGCACCCGGGACGAGAGAGAUGCGCUGAGUAGCCCCAGAAGGACGGUAGGGCUUUCAUUGAGGGCCAGCCGUCGAGGACGAUCAGAGGCAGAGGCACCGCUUGUUAGCGCUGUGAAUAAAUACAAAGGGCGAAAAGGGCGGUAG